GCGGAAAGCACCUCCUCUUCUCUCACCAUCCCGUCAACGUCAAUCACCGACCACAUCCGUCAAGAUGGCCAAGUCCAAGAACGCCUCCCAGCACCACAACAGCCAGAAGGCUCACCGUAACGGUAUCAAGAAGCCCAAGACCAACCGUUACCCCUCCCUCAAGGGUGUUGACCCCAAGUUCCGCCGCAACCACCGUCACGCUCUUCACGGCACCAUGAAGGCCCUGAAGGAGCGCAACCAGGGCAAGCGUGAGUCCGCUUAAAUGUGGACGCAAUUGAAAAGGAAAAAUUAGGGGAAUCCGCGCAAGGACCGGGAACAUAACGUGCGAUGAUCAACGAACGAUCUGCUGCUUCGAAUAGGCCUGGUUUCUGCUAGUGUCCUUGCGCGGCGCGUCUGGUGUUGUUUGAGAUACAGAAAUCAACAGGCUUAAAUUCGAUAUCCACGCAGCGGGUCCAUUCCCACUUCGGGAAGCCAUCUUCUCCGCGUUUCUCAUCUCUUCUGCAUGGCCGUUCGCGGCUUCUCUAGUCGCAACUCCCGAGACAAUUCGCUACCCCCAGCAUUGUUUCGAUCCCAUCCCUUUCCCCC